AGCGUCUAAGGCGGGUUUUGAAUUUGUGAACUCAAAGGGUUUGUCCAAAAUCCAAAUUCUUAUUAUUUUCAAGGUUUUGUCAGAGUAACAGAAAAGGGUAAAACCAAACAAUGGUGAAGGCGAAAGGUGAAGGUGCCAAUGAUGAUGGAGCAGGAGCAGGAGCAGGAGCAGGAGCAGCAGUGUAUGAGAAGCAAAGAGCAGAGAGAAUCAAAGAGAACAAAGAGAGAAUGCAGAAACUUGGGAUUGUACAACUAUCCAAGAACCUCAAGACUGCAAAUGCAAAAGCGCCUUCUUCCAAGAAACCACUCACUCCUCGCCAGACAACAUUGUCAACUGACCCACCUCGCCGCUCUUUUAGGUUGAAGGAUAAGCCUCCAGUUAGUUACAAAGAACAUAAGAUUCCCAAGACGGAGAAGAUAUCAGCAGAGGAUUUGGAGAUUAAUAUAGAAGAAGGUGAAAACCCCGAAUUCUACACAGAGGAACAUGAAAAGCUUUUAGGUGAUUGCCAGAAUGCUUGGGUUCUCUAUUCUGACGGUUAUGAUGAAGAUGGCCAGCGCAUAUAUGAUCCUGAUAAUGGCAAGUCAUGCCAUCAGUGCAGACAGAAAACUCUUGGUCAACACACUGAGUGCAGCAAUUGCAAGCUGGUUCAAGGACAAUUAUGUGGAGAUUGUCUUUACAUGAGGUAUGGAGAGAAUGUCAUUGAAGCAAAUGCAAAUGCAAACUGGAUUUGCCCUGUCUGCCGAGGAAUAUGUAAUUGCAGUAGAUGCAGGCGCGAAAAGGGGUAUGCACCAACUGGUGCAAUUUAUAGGAAGGUAAUGCGUCUUGGUUACAAAUCUGUGACACAUUACCUUGUCAAAACUAGACUGCGUAGUGACCAGGAAGACCUAAGCUCUGCAGGAAAGUGUAUCGUGCCAUCUGCUGAGUUUGCAGAUACUCUCUCAACUUUGACGGGAGGAGAAUGUGCACACUUUGACCAUGAUGAUGAAUAUUGUGAUCAAGAAGAUCUCAAUGGUUGAAACAACGAUAAAAAGUAAGAAUGAUCUAUGCCUGACAAAGACUGAUAAUUGAAAAGAUCCAAUAUAAGCUUGAGUAUCGUACUCAAAAUAUAACCUUCAGAAAACACAAUUUGAACAAAAUGCGAACUUUUGAUCUACAUUGUCUAGUAGUAGGUACGGAUGCUUGGGUUUAAUAUCCCAAACGUACUAAAUCAGCUCGGUUAAAAGGAGUAAGCAAUCUUUUUUGCUUGGAUUAUUGAAUAUUUUGUAAGCAUCCUAUCUUUUUUGCUCGGAUAGUAAACAUUUGUAAGUAUCCUAUCUUUUUUGCUCGGAUAGUAAACAUUUUGUAAGCAUUCAAAGGGUGGGAAAGCCUGCAUUUUCUC